AUGAAUACCUUGGAUCAUGAGAACUUAAAUGAAAUAUUAUUUGGUAGUGGAGGAAUCAUUAAUAAUGAUGACUUGUAAUAGCAAUUAAUCAAAAAAAUUAAAGACAGAAGAUUCGAAUACUUGCAAAUCCUUCUGGAAUAAGCAAAAUAAUUCUAUCUAAUGACGUUUUAAUAUAGGAUUUCUGCCGAAAUUGAUGCCAUCCUUAACAAACAGCCUAAUUUCAUUAUAUAAAUCUUAAAAAGGUAGAAGUAGAUUGAUAAAAUUGAUUAAUAUUUGACUAAGGAAUAUAAAACUCAUGAUGAAGCCAUUUAAUUGGCACAUAAAGUCUAAAAUCAAGGGAACAUGUUCUUUCGGGAUAAUAUCAAGCAAUUAAUAGAGUUUUUGACUCGCUAAUAGCAAUAGAUUAAUGAUAACUAAGAUAUGCAAAAUAUGACACCUUCUUAUUACUUUACUGAUUAUUUACUGGAUAAGUUAAAUUAGUUAUAAAAUAUGAAAUCUUUACAAAGCAAAGUUGAAUUCGGAAAGGAUAAAUUCAAUUUAACCUAUGAUGAUAUAAGAAAUGAUGAAGACGAAGAGGAAUCAGUUGUUGAUAAUAAAGUUAUCAGAAUGUUUGAUAGAUUGACUUACGAUUCUAUUGGAUUCUUUUUAGGCUUAGGUGGACAACCUCAAUCUUAACAAGUAAAUAACAUCUUUGAUGGCAAAAAUGAUGAUGAUAAGUAGAAAUAAGAUUAAUAAUAUGAUUUCAAUGAUAACAGCACUAAAGAGUUUUAAGAACUACUUAUAUAUUGGAGAAUAGAUGAAGGAAAGGGCAGUAAAAUAGGAGAUUAUGGCAAUUAUAAUUGUGUUGGAGAUAUUUAUGUAAAUAAAGAAAUUAGUUCAGAAACUGAGCAUUUGUGGGAGAAGUUAGAAGAAAGUGAUCCUAUGGAUUAUUAAGAUCUUUGGGGAAAUGUGUGUAAUGCAUAGUAGGGCUUUGAAUUAGGUCCUUAAGCAGGAAUUCAAACAAGAAAAAAGAAUUAUUGGAAAAAGAACAAGCUCUCAGAUUUUACAAUUGAGAUGUGGAUCAAACCCUUACAGCCAUCUGGGCAGAUAUUAUAAGUUGAUCAAAAUUUUAUACUGAAUAUUAAUGAAUUGAAUAUUGAAGUUAUCAUUGAUGGUUAAAUUGUGUAAUUCAACAUAGAUGAAAAUGAUGAAUAUAACCCAAUAAAUCAACCAUAAAUUAGGGAUAAUUUUUGGAAUCACAUUUGCUUAUCAUACGAAUAGUCAGCAAGUGUGUUGUAUUUAUAUAUUGCAGCCAAAUAUUAAUUUAGUUGUCAAGAACUUGAAAUUUCUAAUGAACUCUUUAAGAACAAAAAUUUAAUUUUGGGUCAAAGUACAUAAGAGCCGAACAUAAAAUUUCCUAUUAUGAAGUGUAUGAUAACAGAAUUUAGAUUUUGGAAAUAAAAAUUUCAACUCAAAGAGGUCCGUGAUGGUUAUAGAUAACCUCUACCUAUUGUUAACGAAAAACAAAAAGAAAUUAAAAUAGAUAUUAAAUAAGAAUCGAAACCUAAACCUUCUGCUGGAUUAAAUGCUUUUCAAGGAUUGAAAUUAGAUUUCGCACUAGAACCUAUUUAGGAGAAGCCAAUCAAAGAAGUUUUACAAGAAGAUGAUGGAUAAAAUAUUUAACAAAUAGAACAACCCAACUCUGACUUUGGUUGGUUUGGAGGAUAGUAACCGAAUUAAACUUAAAAUCCUAAUAAUUUUGAAUUUGAUAGCAAUUUUAACGCAUUUGCUUAAGCGGCAGUUCCAUAGGUUUAGUAAGGAGAGUGGGGAAGUGACUUUAACGAAUUUGCAAAUUUUGAUUAAACCUAAUCUAAAUCUGCAAAUAAUGCUUUGAAUAAUGAUUUUUCUUCUAUCUCUAAUGAAACUCCAUAACUCCAAUAAGCAGAGCCACAGCAGAAAAUUAAAGAAGAAACAAAACCAUAAUUAUAAUAAAAAUAGAAAUAAGAGCAAUCCACUGUUGAAUAAUAAUAAUAAUAAUAAAUUGCUCAAUAAACCAAUAAAUAAUAAUAAAUUCCUCAAAAAAAUUCGAUUCAAGAAAUUUAACAAAUCGUUGAUCAAGCUGUAAAACAAUUUGGAUAAAAAUAAACCAAAGAAGGAGUUGAGAAUCUAACUAAGGCCUUUCAAAAGUUGAAUGAAUAUUUGCAGGGGAAUAAAGAAAAACUUUAAAGAAUAUAAAAAUUUAUCGUCCAUUGUGCUUAAUAUAGAUUUGCUUUUUAGUUGCUUAUUGGAAUAAAUCAAAUGCGUGAGAAAGGUAAUUCAAAGAAAGAGAUCUAUAUGCAUUUGAUCUUGAUACAUUAAAAUAUUAUUCCAAGUCACAAACUUCAUUGGAUUAUUUAAUCAAUAUUUCUUUGCAUUGAAUAUGAAAAUAUUGCCCUUGCAGAAACAUUACUCAUUUAAUUGAAGUAGAGCUUAGAUAAAGUUAAAUUGACAGAGGAAGAUGAUUAAUUACUUAAGGAGUGUGAAUAAAAACUGGCCAAAAUACAAGACAAAAAGAAUUCUGGAUUAUAUAAAUUGUCUUGUCCAAAUUGUAAAAGCCACUUUCCUUUUAAAGGGGUAAAGAAAUGCAACAAAUGUAAUAAAGACUUUUUAAUUUGCCAAUUUAAAUUGCUUUGCAUAUCUAAGGUUGAUUGCCUGAGAUGUAAAGCUUGCGAAUCUAUUUUCAGCUAAGAAUCAUGUUAAGUUGGCUAAAAGUGCCCAUAUUGCGAUAUCGAUAUAUUGAAUAUAGCUGGUGCUUGA